CGCCCGGAGACGCGGCUGGGGCCAGCGCGGCCGGGGCGCCGUCCCAGGGCUGGGUUGCCCGGCCCCGGCCCCGGCCCCGGGAUCCCCAUGAAAAACCAGCUCCGCGGGCCCCCAGUGCGGGCGCACAUGUCGACUUCGGGGGCGGCGGCGGCGGCUGGGGGCACCCGGGCGGGGUCGGAGCCCGGUGCGGGAUCUGGGUCCGGCGCAGGCAUCGGAGCGGGAGCGACGACGGGAGCGGGGGCCAUGCCCUGCAAGAGCGCCGAGUGGCUGCAGGAGGAGCUGGAGGCGCGCGGUGGCGCGUCCCUGCUGCUGCUGGAUUGCCGGCCGCACGAGCUCUUCGAAUCGUCGCACAUUGAGACGGCCAUCAACCUGGCCAUCCCGGGUCUCAUGCUGCGCCGCCUGCGCAAAGGCAACCUGCCCAUCCGCUCCAUCAUUCCCAACCAUGCCGACAAGGAGCGCUUCGCCACGCGCUGCAAGGCGGCCACCGUGCUGCUCUACGACGAGGCCACGGCGGAGUGGCAGCCCGAGCCCGGCGCCCCCGCCUCAGUUCUCGGCCUGCUCCUGCAGAAGCUGCGAGACGACGGCUGCCAGGCCUACUACCUCCAAGGUGGUUUCAACAAGUUCCAGACGGAAUACUCGGAGCAUUGUGAGACUAAUGUGGACAGCUCGUCCUCCCCGAGCGGCUCGCCACCCACCUCCGUGCUGGGCCUGGGGGGCCUGCGCAUCAGCUCUGACUGCUCAGAUGGCGAGUCGGACCGAGAGCUGCCCAGCAGUGCCACUGAGUCGGACGGCAGCCCCGUGCCAUCCAGCCAGCCGGCCUUUCCGGUUCAGAUCCUGCCCUACCUCUACCUCGGCUGUGCCAAGGACUCUACCAACCUGGAUGUACUUGGCAAAUACGGCAUCAAAUACAUCCUCAACGUCACACCCAACCUGCCCAACGCCUUUGAGCACGGUGGCGAGUUCACCUACAAGCAAAUCCCCAUCUCUGACCACUGGAGCCAGAACCUCUCUCAGUUCUUCCCCGAGGCCAUCAGCUUCAUUGAUGAAGCCCGCUCCAAGAAGUGUGGUGUCUUGGUGCACUGCCUAGCAGGCAUCAGUCGUUCAGUGACAGUUACUGUGGCCUACCUGAUGCAGAAGAUGAACCUGUCCCUCAACGAUGCCUAUGACUUCGUCAAGAGGAAAAAGUCUAACAUCUCGCCCAACUUCAACUUCAUGGGGCAGCUGCUGGACUUUGAGCGGACGCUGGGGCUCAGCAGCCCGUGCGACAACCACGCACCCAGUGAGCAGCUCUACUUCUCCACGCCCACCAACCAUAACCUGUUCCCGAUCAACACGCUCGAGUCCACGUGAGGCCUGGGGCGCUGAUGGGCGCAGCACCAGGGUCUCCCAGCCCUCCACGGGGCCUGGUGGGGGGCCCUAGCCUGCUGCCCCUCUGGCCCGAAGAACCCACAGAUGCCGUCACCUGUGUCCAGAGAACCAGGCUGAGCGGUGGCUGAGCUACCGUGCCAUCCUGUGCCAUCCUGUGCAGGGUCCCGUGGCAGCGCUUGUCAGAUGGCCUCAGCUUCCCAGACAUGUUGCUAAGCGAGCGUUGGCCUCAGCUUUCCGACUCGGCGGCUUGGGGGCCGGCGGGGCCUUGCCUCUGCCCCAGGACAUCCAUUCGGCUGAUGGCCCAGCCAUUCUGGCUAUUUUUAAAGACAUAUCCACAGACCUGAGGUUGCUACUUUUGGCAGGUAAAUCCGAGUUCACUGGAGCAGAGGGUGUUCAAGCUCUUCUUGGUUUUUCUUUUCUCUUCCUUCCUUCCUUUUUUUUUUUUUUUUUAACAAAAAGUGUUAUUUUUCAGGCUAAAUGCAACAACAGAUUGUAUAAACCAAUAUUUCACCCCUUUCUGAGAGAGAGAGAGAGAGAGAGAGAGAGAGAGAGAGAGAGAGAGAGAGAGAGAUCUUAGUUUUUCGUUUCAAAAAGCAAACCAUUGGUGUAUUUUGUUUUCAGUGGAAAAGACAAACCCCAUGUUCUUGACCAAAUGCAUUUUGCACGUGUGUGAAGUCUGAUUUCCCAGCAGGCCAUUCUGGGUUGUCACUCUCCGGGCAUCAGGACCCUGGUUCUACCAUCUCCUACCUGUGACCCAGCCCACCUCAGUGCCGCCUUCGCACAGUCCCAUCGCUAGGAGCUGCGCCUGGUGGGCACUGGUGGUCUUUGUGUUGUCUGCCCUCCUGCCGACCUUCUGAGUCCUGCAGACCUCCCUGCCAAGGCCUACUGGAGGUGGUGCUGCAGGGGAGUGGCAAGCAGUAGCACUAGCCAUCUGGGCCCCGCCCCUCAGAGGGCAUCGCUCCGGCCCUUUCAUAAACUGCCCACCACUUCUGUCCUCAUCUCUGUCUCUGUACUGGGAAUAGAGGCCCACAGUGCCUGCGUAAAGCCUUCCCAGCCCCUCAGCUUUGCUGUAGACUCCAAUGAGGUUCACCCCCAGCCCCCUUGUCCAGGUGCACACCUGCCCUGGCCCGUGUUGCCCGUGCCUUUUACCUGCAGGCAACCUACACCUAUUGCGGCCCAAGAGCUGGGGCAGGUGGGGCAAGGACUGGGCAGUGGGGGUGAGAGGCCCCCAUCCCAGGAUCCAUAGCACAAAGCCACGGGCUCCAUAAUACUCCUCUGGUUUCAUCACUUCUCGGCCUUGCUUCUCCCUGGGUACCAUGAGGAAUGGGAAGUGCUGGGGUCCUGAUGGGAUGCGCACCCACAGGAGGCAGUGACCGAGUCCACAUCUUACCUCACAGGGCUGGUUUUCAGGGAUUCUUUAGGGAAGGGAAGCAGAUUUAAAAUCUUACCACAGUUGAGAAAUUGGCAAAAAAAA